CCAUUCCACAUCUCUAUCCCCGGCCAUGACUUGUUUAACAAGCAUUCAAACAAGAAAAACAAUAAAAAUAGUUCCAUUUCCAUCCUGGAGUUUGCAAAAUUCUAUGUCUUGAGACCUCAACGCACUCCUAUAUAUACAUGAAGCUGCUGUGGUGCGCUUUCGCCAACAAAAGCAGAGGCAUCUAUGCGAAGCAGAUUCGGUACUGCAUAUAAAUCGUUGGAAGUAGCUAGCCAUGAAGAGCAGCACGCUGAUGGUGAUCAUGGUCCUCCAGGCCACUCUGGUCAUGGGGAUCUUUAUCCUCCCGGACAUGUGCAACGGAGAUGUGCAUGCAACGUCCGUGGGUGAGGGCAAGGCCAUCGACCUCAACCUGGGCAAGCUAAGGUGCUGCAUCAACUGCAACUCCUCCUCGGGCCUCUACACAUGCGAUGACGUCGUGAAGAUAUGCGACCCUGUCUGCAAGCGAUGCGCCGUUGUGAAGAAGAACCUUGUCAAGGAGUUCAGGUGCACCGACACCUUCCUCGGUCUGUGCGAAAAUCCGUGCAAGAACCACUGAAGAUGAAAGUAGCUAAUAAGCAGCACGCUAGCUGCUACUGUGAUUUGAUAUGUGCUACGGUGCACAGUAGACAUGUAUGCCAGGAUUGGGAUUGGAUGAUUUUCGAUCGAUGUUAUACGCGGAACAGUAAGUCGUUGUUUACGUGUUUAUUGACACAAUAAAAUUGGUGGUUAUAUCAUGGCAAUCUCCACAAUUUUGAUUCUAGAUACUGGUGGAAUAGUUCCUUUAGGCUUGAGUCACGAUGUUGUGGAAAUUUAUUGAUGCACCGAAUCACAAGAUAUUUGACGUGUUAGGUUGAUCAUUUCUUGCGACGGCAACAAGCAUCUUUU